AUAUUUAUAUUAAUUAUAUUUAGUUACAUAAAUUAAAUUUUUUUAUAAUUUAUAUUUUUAUUAAAAUGGUUUACUCAUUAUAAAAUACUUUUUAUAGAUUUUUUUUUAAGUAUUUGAGGAAAGAAAUCCAAUUUGUUGUAGGAAAAUCUAUUAUCGGUGGGUGACGAUACUGUUAAUUAAUUUGCGUAUGAUAUUAAAAGAUUAUUAUUGGAUAUUAACUUACAAAAAUCAGAUGUAAAUACUCGCAAUUUAUUUUUAGGAAGGAAUUAAAAGUAAAAUCUAGCCUUUUAAGGCAAAAAUUAGAAGUAAAAUUGCAAUCCAAGUAGGAGAAGGAUAUGCAAAUUUCAUUCCAUGUAGGAGAAGAUAUGCGUUUCAAACAAUAUAUAUGGGCACUGGACACAAGAAAAAUCCAUUCUUACACAUCCUCUACCUGGUUCUGUGUUCUCACACCCAUCUGCCUAAUGACUAACCUAAAGCCAACGAGAAAUAUAAACAAAUGCAAAAGAAAGAAUUAUCAUCACCAGUUCAAGUGUGUUCCUAAAGAAAUUCUGACAGAAAUUCUGGCUCGAGUUGCCUCCUCAUCAGUCACUGAUCUCAUCAAUGCCAAAGCGUGUUGCAAGGAGUUUCGUGAAGCUGCGUCAGAAGAUUACGUAUUUGAGCAUGCCACAAUUGAUUCUUUCCCUGUCAUUCCAUGGAAGAUCAACCAUGGUGCCUCUUCUUUCUUAGAGAGGUGCAAGAAGAGUGGUAAUCCAGAAGCCUUGUUUAGACAAGGAAUGAUCGAUUAUUUUAGCACCUUGAAAUAUGAUUCUGGACUGAAGUUCUUGGAGAAAGCAGCUAGCAAAGGGCAUGCGGAAGCUAUAUAUGUGUAUGGGAUGAUACUUUUGUGCUAUGGUGGUGACCUGAGGAAUAAUGGAGUGAAGCUACUUUCUGAUUUGAAGAGAUCAAAAUCAAGCUUGUUUAUUACAGAAUGUAGAAAGAAAGUGAAAAGAAUUGUCUGGAGCAUGUGGGUGAACAAUUAUAUAAUUGGAAUUGGACCCGCCGAAGAAGAAGAGUACACGAACAGAAGACCCUGCACUCACCACAAUACAAAGGCAUUGUGCUCUUUUACUGCUAGUCAGACUAAAAAUAGAACAGGAUGGACAUCUUCUUUGGAAGAUUUUGAAGAUGACCCUCUUUCAUGUGAUUCUUGUUUGUGGGAACUAGAAGCAACUCUGUUUUGUAAGAUGUUAAGGACAGGAAGCUAUAGACCUUAAGGGUCCAAAAAUAAUUUGAAAAAAUUAUUUAAUUAAUUUUUAAAUUUUUUAAUAAUAAUUUUUUUAUUAUUUUUUCGCAUUCAUGUCAAACGACUACGUUUGUGCACAAAAUUGGUUGGGCGGAUAGACCUAAACCGAAUACUAUUUCCUAUUCCAUUAAUUAUGUGAAAUCCCACAAAUACCCUUAACACAUAAAAAUAUUACCACUUUGUCAUCGAAUUGCAAUUGCCGGCUGGUGAAAGGCCACUUGAAGCUCAAUGGUUGUAUGGUAAAUAAUCC